GUCUGCCGUGCGCAGCAGCUGUCGUCGCGCGCACUGGUGACUCCGAGCAGCGCCCUUGUGCUCGUGGCGCACUGAUUGACCGAACUCUGGCGCUCGGCUGCCACCGGAAUGUUGUCCCGCGCUCGUCUACUUCUUUAACACGAGCGAGCGCGGCAGUCGAAGCCCGAGGGAGUGGACGGAGGUGAUCAUGAGUUGUUUGGAUGUUAUGUACCCAGCCUAUGGACAUUACCCACCGUACGCGCCAGCUGCCUCCGCUUUCAUCAGCAGUUUGCCGGCUCCAGUUGGUGUGAGAAGCCCUUCUCCUCGCACGCGGGAGUUCAUGGAGAGCGUGGCCUCCUCGCACCCCACGGACAGCCCCUCUGGAGCGGUCGCCGCCGCCGCCGCCGCCUCCUCCGCACCGCCGCCGCACUCCUCCUCCUCGUCCUCCUCGUACACGGCGGGCGCGUCGCCAGCCCAGGACGGCCCCAAGGAGAAGCAGGAGUCGCCCGAGGCGGAGUACCUGAGCUCGCGCUGCGUCCUCUUCACCUACUACCAGGGCGACAUCAGCAGCGUGGUGGACGAGCACUUCUCCCGCGCACUCAGCUCCUACAUGGAGGGAGAGAGCAAGCGCAGGACGCCACACGCUGGCACAGCUUCCCCAGUCAAUCGGCGCAGUUUCCCGCCAUCUUUCUGGGACAGUAACUACCCCUCUCCGUCCGCUCGAGGCCACUGUGACCCCGGGGUGUCUCCAUACUCCAUGGACCCCUACGCUCACAGCGCCCUGCACCCCGGCCUCCCCCACCCGCACCCCCACCCUCACGCCCACCCCCACCCGCACGCCCACCCCUCCGACUCCUGGAGCUACACGCAGAGCCAGGCGUACGGCCCGCCGCGGCCCCUCCACGAACUGUACACGGCGGCGCCGGGGCUGGAGCCGCACUACGGGCCGCUGCUCAUGCCCGCCGUCAGGCCGGCGCACCUGGGCCCGCUCCCCGGGCACUACGAGGUGGGCAAGCUGGAGCACACGCCCACGUGGCCCGGCCUGCUGCCCGCCGGCGACGUGGCCCAGAGCCUGGCGCUCAACAUGGACCCAGGCCUCCAGCCCCAGAAGAAAGGCAAGGAGCUCUACUGGUUCUAACGACCGCGGCCGCGCCAUCGACCCGCCACGCGCUCCAUCCAAUUAGGCCCUGGAGCGGAUCCCGCUGAAGAGCCGCGUCCUUUCAUCCCCAGCCCUCAGCCUCCUUCCCCCCCCCCCACACACACACACAACCCCCUCAUGAAGCCACAGCAACACUCCAGCUCUGCAUGUGUGCACCAUGGAGAUAAACCGGGAGGGGUGGGGGGUGAGGAGGUGGGGGGUGCGGCAGGAGCCAGCCCUGGAGACCCCUGGACUCUCUCGCUCUCUCGUUCUCUUUCUCUCUAUUCCUCCCUCUCUUCUUCACCUCCUCCACUUGGCCUAUCUGUGUGUGUGUGUGUGUGUGUGUGUGCAUCUGUGUGUGUGUGUGUGUGUGAGGGAAAGAGGCUCAGCAUCCCCCCCAAACAUAAUCCACUUGGACCCAGAGACAGGUUGUGUUUGGAGGCAUUAAGAGAGGACACUGAAGCGGACCGUGAUAACCGACUCAAUUUCUGCCUUCAUCCUGCUGCUGCUGCUCACUUACACUACACGCUUCACAGAUGUGGAUGCUCCGUCGGUCUGCAGAUGUGUGUGUGUGUGUGUGUGUGUCCGUUGGUGUGUGUGUGUCCGUUUGUGUGUGUGUGUCAUUGUUUGACCUCCCUUUCUCUUUUUUUAAACGAAAUAUUUUUAUUUAUAUACAUAUUUAUGUGUAUUUUACUGAAACUCAAUUACUACUAGGCCAGUGAUUCAACAGCGUAUGGUUCUGACUGUGUUUUCUGUUGUUUAGUCAUUGUUGUUUCCUUUAAGAAUGUAAGGAGCAAAGCCACAAGCUAGAACAUACUGUAUGUUACAUUUUGCAGCUGUUAAAAAUGAUUAGAUUCAUUCAAGUUAAGCGGUUGAUGGAAAAGCGUGUUUUGAUAAUGGACAAAGAGCCACUCAGACUAAACAUACCAUAGGUUGGCAUUUUUGACAAGGUUUCUCUGAUACUGUUUUUAAACUGUGUUUUUCAGUCGUUGGUUUGAAAUGUUUUUACAGGGCGUUUUUUUGCCUUGUUUAUCUUGGACUGUAUUGUCAAUAAAUAUUUGUAUUGUAAAUAUG